ACCUGAAAUAUGGAAACAAUAUGUAAACGCAUGGAAAAGAAUAGGAGGUAUUAUAAAUAACACAUCAGAAAAUUGGCCAUGGAGUCUAGAGAAUAUUAACCUGACAGGUACAAAAGGCACAGAAUACAAAAUAAGCAAGGCG